AUGGUUGAACGGCGUCGGCAACUCUCUUCCACGCUGGAGCUGGACAAGACAGCUGGAAAUCUGGAAUACUGCUUUGUAUUGCCCUGUGAAGAAGACGCAAGGAAGUAAAGAGAUGGCUCAAGAGGUUGCUGCUACUAAUGCACAAGCACAAAAUCAGCAGGCUGCUGCUACUAAUGCAGAACCACAAAAUCCAAUACCCACACCUGCUGGUGAUGAUGAAGAAGUUCUUGAGUUGGGAAAUCUCAAGAGUGACGUGUGGAAACACUUCACAAAGAUAAAGAAGGGAGAACUUAUCAAGGCUAAAUGUAACUAUUGCAAGAAGUUGCUUGCCGGUGAGUCCAAUAACUGUACUUCCCAAUUGAGAAAUCAUUUGAGGACAUGUAUGCAAAAAAGGAUUCAAUAUGGGAAGCAAAAGGUACUUGGUACCAACUUUGUCUCUAAGGGAAAAAGAGAAAUGGUUGCCACUCAGUUCAAUCAAGUUGUUUCUAAGCAAGAUCUUGCUGUUGCAAUUGUUAUGCAUGAAUACUCUUUGUCGAUUGUGGACCAUUUAUACUUCAGAAAAUUUUUGUCUGGCCUCCAGCCCUUGUUUAGUGUUCCUACUAGGAAUAUUAUCAAAGCUGAAAUUCUUAAGAUAUUUGAGAGUGAAAGGACCAGACUCAUGAAAAUGGUGGGUAGUAACAAGGGGAGGGUUGCCCUGACGACCGAUAUGUGGACAACAAGCAACCAGAAAAAAGGGUUACAUGGCUAUUACGGCUCAUUACGUGGACAAUUCUUGGAUUCUUUGAAAUCAAAUACUUAGGUUUGCUUAUGUUCCAACUCCGCAUACAAGUGGUAGGCUGGCUAAAGUUUUGCUGGACUGUAUGAUGGAUUGGAAUGUCGAUUCUACGAUAUCAACUAUAACCUUGGAUAACUGUAGCACCAACGAUUCCAUGAUUGAGAAGGUUAAGAAUAAAUUGGUGAUGUCUUAUUUGCUUAAGGGGGGUGCUUUAUUACAUAUGAGGUGUUCUGCACAUGUUCUAAACUUGAUAGUCAAAGAUGGGUUGGAUGUGCUUCGAGAUGGCAUUGAAACAAUUCGUGAUAGUGUAGCUUAUUGGACUGCCACACCUAAGAGAGUAGAGUCAUUUGAAGGAGCAGCAAAACAAUUGGAAUUUUCUUGUGUUAACAAGUUGAUUUUGGAUUGUCCAACUCGCUGGAAUUCAACCUAUCAUAUGCUUGCUGCUGCAAUACCUUACGAAUAUGUGUUUAUUAGACUGAAAUAACGUGACUCUCACUAUAAUUGUUUGCCUACGAGUGAUCAUUGGGCAUUUGCAUCAAUUGUUUGUGAGAAGUUGAAAAUAUUUAGUGAGAUAUCUGAUUUGUUUUCUGGCACCAAGUAUCCCACUGCCAAUCUGUUCUUUCCAAAGAUAUGUGAUUUGAAGCUCAAACUUUGUGAGUGGCUCGUUGAUGAUCAUGCUAUGAUUUCUAAGAUGGAUGAAUUGAUUUGGGUUAAGUUUUGCAAAUAUUGGGAAGAUAUUCAUGAAAUAUUGGCAGUGGCUGUUGUGUUGGAUCCGAGAUAUAAGAUUCACAUUGUUGAGUAUUAUGCUCCGAAGUUUCGAAUGGGUGAGUGUGUCUUGGAUGUGGUCAAAAUCAAGGAUAUUUUGAGUGAUUUGUUCAUGGAGUAUCAGACUAAACUGAAUAAGAAGUCCGGGGUUGCUUCUAGUGGUUCAAGUGGCCAGUCACUUGGUGGUUCUUCUUCUGUGGAUGUGGACUUUCAGCUGUUUGUACAGCAAAGAAAAAAGUCGAAAGGAACACCUACUCAAACUGAAUUAGAGAAUUAUUUGGCUGAGGAAGUCUUACCUUGGAGUGCUGAUCUCGAUGUUUUGUUAUGGUGGAAGCUAAAUGGGGCUAGGUAUCCUAUUUUGCAAGAGAUUGCAAGGGAUAUCCUUGCCGUCCCUGUUACCUCUGUUGCAUCUGAAUCGGCUUUUAGCACUAGUGGUCGAUUGUUGGAUCCCAAUCGUUGCAAACUUCAUUAUACAACUAUGGAGGCAUUGAUGUGUACUAAAAGCUGGCUUCAAAAUUCAGUUUCGAUAGGAGCUGAUUCUGGAUCUUUGGAUGAGCUUUGUGCAUUGCUCAAUGAUGGAAAGCAUGAAGAUGACAUGGAAGAUCAACAAUUGCGGAGUGACAAAUAUGCAUUUAACUUGCUUGAAGAUUGAUGAAUGAUUGUUUUUUGGUGCUGUAAUGUGUUUGUAUUCUGCUGGAGUAUGCUGUUGGAGUCUUCUGAGUUAUUUUUGGAAAUCUGUUGGGAUUUUGUUAUUAUUUUGUUGCUGGACCUAUCUGCCAGAAAUCUGCUUGUAUCCUGGAAUUUUGCUGUUGCAAGCUACUGGGAUCAUCUGGAAUCGUCUGGGAUUUAUUGGAGUUUUGCAUGAAUUUUUUGGAAUUUUGCUGCUGGAAGAAGUCUGAUUAUCUGCUGGAAUUUUGUUGCUACAAGCUGCUUGAAUCAACAGGGAUUUACCAGAGUUCUGCUGGGAUUUUCUAGAAUUUUGAUCCUGGAAUUUUGCUGCUGGAAAUCUGAUUAUCUGCAGGAAUUUUGCUGCUGCAAGUUGCUGGAAUCAGCUGGAAACUUUCUGGAAUUUUUCUGGGAUCCACUGGAUUUUUUUAUAUUGUUUUUAUGUUGGAAUUGUUUCUAGAAUUUCUAAAUUCUGCACUUUGAACUUGGUUUAAAUGUUAAAGUUGGUGUUAUGUUAAUUAUCAUAUUG